AACUAAUGAUUUUUUUUCAUUAUUAUGAAGGAUUACUCGUAUACGGAGUAUUUGAAAUUUAUAGUCCCGUGAAUAUUUUUGUGUCUUCUUUGAAGUCCAAAACCUCAUAUUUUGCGGGCUGAGCUACCGGGCCUGGGUUUAUUCUGCGUAGCCAGUAGCCACCCCUGAAUUAGGGUUUCGAGAUUUCAACACCCAUCGUCUCCCACUCGGCAACGCCUUUCUAUAAGUAGCAGCAGAAUAACCUUCACCAUAUCAUUGCAUACAGGAGUUUGGGUCAUGUGUUUUUGGACAUGUGCAUUUGCAAAUCUACACUGCACCUUGCUGGCCUCUCCUGAAAUUGACCAGGUGGUGUUUAAAGCCCUAAUUUGUUCAUCUUCAUAUUUUCGGGUUACGCACACCUCCAAACUUACUAAUGUUUGUUCUGUCUAAAGAAUUUGUCAAUAUUAAAGAUAGGCACCUGCAUGUGAAUUCAUUGUAUAGACAAGAAUUUACUAGAAAUAGAAGCAGUAUUUGUUUAAACAGUUUUCUAAAAUUGAUCAUCAAAAGGGUAAUGUGGACAUGUAUUAAGAGUAGGAUAUUAUUUAAAUGAACAAUAUUGUUAUGGAUAGCCAGUACAACAUCGUAGGAAAAUUAAUAGACUAAGAAUUAAGUUCUUAGCCAUAUAGGCCGAGGUGUGUGACGUAUGGUUCAUAAGUCCAAAACUCUUCCGGUUUUAAUUUUUUUGUCAAACACAAACAAUCUUUGACAAAAAUUGCAAGAAAAAUUAUAUUAAAUUAUACGGAGUAAUAUAAACUUAAUCUAAUCAAAUUUAUUUAAUGAUUAGUUUUGUUUCAUUAAUUUUUAUCAUUUAAUCAUUAAAUACGGAGUAACGACUAAUUUGGGAUCAAAUUGACUAAAAGUCAAAAUAUGAAGAGUUUUUAGGAUUAGAUGAGAGUUUAUAUUCCUUCCAUUCCUCUAAGAUCUUCUCAUUUUGAAUUUAUGUGGUUUUUAAGAAGAGUUGAAAAUAAUUGAAAGUUUACCAUAAUACAUGAAAAUGAGUGGAUUGUAUUAGAUAAAGUGGGUGAGGUUUAAUAAAUAAAGUGAGAGUAGUUGUGGUAUUUUGAUGGUUAAAAGAUGGAAUGAGAAUAUUUAUUGUGGAAGAAAAAGGGCUAUUGGAAGGAUGGGGACGAAGAUAAAACAAUUUGGUCAGCUCAAUUGUGAGUCACGCAAUUAAUCGUCAAAGAGCUUCCUCUAUUUCCGUAUGCCAAAUCUUCUUCAACUGUUCGAAGAUGAUGAUGCAAGUGUGGAUAGGUAGAGAUUCUCUUGCCUUUCCUAAUCUGAUCUGCCCCUCUGCUUUGUCUUUUCCUUUUUUUCAUGUUCAACAAGUUUAUUCUUCUCUCUUACUAGUGCAUUUACUUUAUUAUACUUGGACGGGAUCUUUUUCAAGAUAUGGACCUUAACUUGGGCAUUGUACAUAUUUGGGUCCAAUUUUUUAUAAAGUCUUGAUGGGUUAAGUUCCCAUUAAAUUCACUUUUUUUAGAAGUUAAAAAAUUAGAUUAUUGACUUUUAUACAUGUAUCUCUCUAUGUUGGAAAAUUCUUGGCAUCACCAUAAUUAUCUGGAUCAUUGCAUUUCUUCUCUUCAUCUAUACAUUUUAUCCCUCUCUGUUCUUUUCACCACUUCCAGCAUUCGACAAGCUCUUUUUUUGCUACCCCUCCUGCUGUUACAUUUCUUUGACACAAAGAAGAUCCGAUGGGGUUUUCUUAUUCAUUGUCUGGUGGUGGAUAUUUGCAGUUGCUUUGUUUUCUCUUCAGUUUGGAUUUCGUUUAAAUCCAAUGAGACCAUUUUUUUGUUUCUUAGCUACAAGAAAGGUAUUGAGCAAAGUUUGGACACCUUCCAUUAUUUCUUCUGAUUCCAUAAAUAUGAUUGCAAUGCAGGUAGAAGUUUUGUGAGAGUCCUUUAGAUUAAACCGAUGAGUGGUUUUGUUGCGUCUUUGUGGUGAUAGUUUCAGAGAUCUUCUCUCCCAACGUGUGGAAGGGAAAAUAAGUUCUUGCAGUAUUAUUUCCUCCCACGUCCUGCCACUCUUGUGGGAAAUUAAAUGGUCUUUCUUGAGAAGAAGUCAAAGGUCUCCUCAAGAGCACCAGAGCAUGAGGAAAAUAAUAUGAUGGGAACUUGUCUUCCUUCUUCCUCCACAUUGGGGAAGGGAAAAUCUACUGAAGCCUUCACCACAAAAAAGUGGGAAAAUUACCUAUCAAUUUUAUCUCAUAGAAAAGCAUUUCUGUCUGGGUUGUGAAGUUGACAAAACCUUUGCCCUAAUCACAAUUAUAUUUAUGGAUUAGUAGAACCAGAGAAAGGUGUCUAAGCUUGGCUCAUGGGGUCUGAACAAAAUUUGGACCUGGGGGAUGAUGAAGCGGUAGCAUUUGUAGAAAAUCUUGGCUCAAUAUCCACCAAGGAGCGUGGAUAUCUUAAUAAUAUGGUGAUUGGGGAAACCCCAAUAAAAGUGAGAAGAAUUUGGGCAUUAAGGGCAACUUGUGAACCAAUAGAAAGAAAUACUUGACUAAUAAAGAAAAUAUUUUGGUGGGUUGCCCAAUAGUUUGAGGGAAAAAUGUUAUGGAGGAUGGAUGCUCAAUUGUCUUAAAGAGAUGAAGGUGGUGAGAGUGCUAGAAGUGGUGCACCAAGGGGUAUGCUCAGCCCAUCAAGUGCCCUCACCUUCACCUUGACGGUAAUAAUCCAAGGGUUUUAUUGUCUUAUUGUCCACCUUGAUGGAUUGCACUAGGACUAAACCUGUUGGUGGUGGUGAUUUUAUGAUCGGUGAACGCCCGUGACUGGAGGAUGUGUUCAGAGGAUUGUGAGCGGACUAGGGUGGACAAGGAGUUCUCAUGCGCCUGAGAUGACUGGAUUGAUAGUGUUUUGUUCUAGUGAGAACCACUCUCUUGUUGAGAAUGAUGGGGCUCGCUUUAAUCCCAUGCCCCCUCCCUGUAUUAUGAAAAAGAUGAUCCACAUAUUUGGGAAUGUUAAUUGACUCGGAUCAAUUCUCAAAUUUUAACACUAAAAACUCCAAAAUUGAUCAAAAAUAUUAAAUUAAUCAAAAAAUGACCAUUGU